AUGUCUCACGGGUUGGUCUGGGGUAUAAAGAAUGCUUUAAUAGAAUUUGACGAAAUGACACAAGAUCCAGAUUAUUUGAAACUCCAGCCUUAUAUUAGAGAAAUAGUUGAGCGGACAAUUAAUAAUUUAAGAUUAGUGGCUGAAGCCAACGACCCUCGUGAAAGAGAGCAAGUUUUUCUUAAGCACGAUAAGAUUGAGUUGACCGACUUUACAGUAGAACUAUAG